CGGAAGAAAUUUCUUCAAGGAAAACAUUUAGCGAGCGUAUUAUGUGAUGGCUGGUUUGAGCCUUACGUUGUUUUUAAUCUACACAGGAAUAUCUGCUUUUAAUGUAUUGGCAACUGAGACACAGGAACGCCCAUCGCGAGCUACAUUCCAGAACUCGCCACUUCUUUCUACUGCUCUUAGUCUCGGUGAUAUUGUCGACCCCACAGCUGCCGUCUUGAAUCAUCUGCCCUUUGAUUGCACUAGAAGACCCGAUGGCGCCUAUCCCGACUAUCAGAAAGCAUGUAGGUUGUUCUAUUUGUGUGAGAGUGGUCGAACACACAUUUUCUGGUGUUCCAAUGGCACCGUUUUCAACCCUGAUGAAGGGUAUUGCGACGCCCCCCACAGUGUAAGUUGUGUUGAUCCGGAGAAGUCAGCUUGGCCAACGUUGGUUGGAGACUGUGGUGACCAGGAAGAUGGAGUUUACACCGACUAUGAAAGUGAAUGCCGUAAAUUUUAUUUUUGUAAAGCUGGCCAGAAAGUGGUUUUCAGCUGUCCUGGAAACAAGCUUUUUGAUUGGAGGACAGGAUCAUGCCGAGAGACACAAGACGUGCCAUGCUUUCAACUCUCCUGUGAAGAAAAGUCUGAGGGGAUAUACGCUGAUUAUUCAGAAAAUUGUAAGCGGUACUAUCUAUGUCGCAACGAGGAGAUAUCUGAGUACGUUUGCCCACCAGGGAAGAUUUUUAAUGAAAGGAUAAUAAAAUGUAACCACCCAAAAGGCGUGCAUUGCUCCAACUUUUCUUCUUUUAACUGCAAUGGUUUGCCUGAUGGUUAUUAUCCAGAAUAUGACAAUAAUUGCAGAGCGUUUUACCUCUGUGUUAAUGGUAAGCCAAAAAGUUAUUCUUGUCCCGCAAAUUUGGCUUUUAGCAAGCGCCUGUUAGCAUGUGACUACCCGUCUAAAGCUAGGUGUGAGAAACCUACAGAAAUGGAUUGUCAGAAUAAGCCUAAUGGGAUUUAUCCUCUUGUUGAAACUGGUUGUAGAGAAUUCAUGAUUUGUAGGGAUAAUCACAUGACACAUCUUGGCACCUGUGGGCAGGGCAAACUGAUGAAUCCAGCUACUUGGAAGUGUGACCCUAGUUCUUUGGUAAAAUGUGCUUUUGUAAAAGAUCCUGACUGUGAGGGUAAAACGGAUGGGCUGUAUCCAGAUUUUAACACUGGUUGUUCAGCUUACUUUUUGUGCAUAAACCAUCGCAGAGUCGUCACAAAGUAUUGCCCGUCAUCGUCUCUGUUUGAUGCUUCAACUGGGAGCUGUCUGUCGUCAUCUCUCGUGUAUUGCAAUCAUCUUGACAACAAUCCCACGUUAGCCACCUUUCGUCACUGGGAUAUAUCACAGUAUGGGUGUGAAGGCCGAGUAGGGCUAUUUCCGGAUUUUAUCACAGAGUGUAGCCGGUAUUACAUUUGCGCAUACGGACGCAGAGAGCUCAUAAACUGCCCUGAAGGUACGAAAUUUAACAUCGUUACCAGACAAUGCCAGGAUUCUAGCUCAGUUAAGUGCACGGCACCGCAAAUUCUUGGUGCUUUUCAAUGUUUACAUGGUGAUGAAGGAAUAUACGUGGACGUAACGAGUAACUGCAAGAGAUGGCAUGAAUGUUGGGAUUAUGGGGGAGGAACCUACAGCUGUCCCACGGGAAGAUGGUUCAAUGCUUUCACGCGUUCUUGUGAUGCAGACACGAAUAACCAAUGCGAGAACAAAGGAGUCGAGUCUGUUCGUCCUUAUACCUUUAAAUCUCGAAUAAUUCGAGUUUUACAGAAGACAAAUACUUCGUUCAGUUGCCAAGCGAAACCUAAUGGUUUUUACAUGCUUGGUGAAGAAAACUGUAGGUUAUUCCAUUUGUGUGCUAAUGGACAAACAUUUUCAUACAUGUGUCCCGAAGAUCUAGUGUUUAAUCCGGAUUCAGAAUCCUGUGAUGAUCCAGUUAGAGUAAAUUGUCAACAGAUAAAAGAACAGUGGACUAAGUCUGACGAUGGCUUUUCUUGUAAUUCUAAAACUGAUGGAAUGUACCCAGAUUACUUAACUCAUUGUAAAAAAUAUUUUAUCUGCGAAAAGGGCUUGAAGAAGGAAGUUUUUUGUCCUGAAGAUUAUAUGUUUAACACAAUUACAUUGUUUUGCGAACUAGAAUCUAAUGUCAUUUGUAAACCUCCACUCCCUGAUGAAUACCCAAUAACUCUGUCCUUAUCAGGUAAUUCUGAUGAAUCGGUACAAUUUGAUGAAGAAGAAAACAAUAGUUCCAUCAGUGAUCAACCACUGGAAAUUAAUUCUUCAGAAGAUAUUAAAUCUAAAAACUUUACCGUGACACACAAUGCGGUGAGAAAAACUAAAACACAGAAAACAAAUGUAACACUUUCAUAUAGUAGAAACCAUACUAAAGAACAUCAAAUACUUAAUGCAGACCAACAAAAUGGUCAGAAAACGCCAGCCGAGCAGAUUAAUAUCCAAAAUGCUGAAUUUAAUAGAGCAAACAAGAAACUUGUAAAUAAUGGACUAACAACCAAUGUUCCAAGAACACAUGAAUAUUUGUAUUACGACAUCUACGACUCUCCCAAUUCCUUCAGCGAUUAUGUAAAGCAUGAAGAAAAAUAUGAUGACAACCAGACUGUUAUUAUAAAAACGGACGUUCAUAAUGUUGGCAUCAAGGAAACAGAUGGUAAAAACCAAAACGAAGAGAUAGAACCGCUGAAUAAGGAACAUGAAGAUAUUCAGAAAAUGUCGACUGAGGAAAAUCCCAUAGAUCAAACAAAUGAAACAAAGAAAAUAAACGACCGGGAUUUGAAAAGUGAAUUAUCGACACAUAUUCCACAAGAAUAUGAAUAUUACUAUUAUGCAAUCUAUGACUAUCCUGAUUUUGGAGAUCAUAAAAAAGAAAUAGAAAAAAAAUUGGAUCAAAACCAAACUUUUUCUCUAACAACCAGUACUAACAACCAUCAAGCUGGCACGAAGAAAGGUAUCCAUUUAACAGAUGAAAUUCUUAAUUCAACCCAAAAUGUAAUUAAGUAUGAUGAUUUUGACCACUAUGAUAUUUUAGAGAGUAGUGAAACAGAUAAGAAUAAGAAAAUGAAAACAGUCACUGAACUGUUUAUCACUACAUUGGUACCAGUUCCAGUUACUUCAUCUCCAAAGCUCGAAAAACCUGUAGAAUAUGAACGAGAAACAAUUGAACCUGCAGCUUUAAUUCUUAGAAAUGAAACAAAUAAUACAGUUUUAAACGUUGCAAGUGAAAGAAAUAGCGUCAAAGAACAAUAUUUGAUAUCAGACCUUGCAAAUGAAACAAGCAGUUUGGUUUUACGUUUUACAAACGAAACAAACUCUUUGGCAUUAGGUAAGGAUAGAGAAAUAGGUGGGUUGGUGUUAGGUAAUGCAAAUGAAAGAAAUAUUUUGGUAGCAGGUCUUGAUAAUGAAACCUAUAGUUUGGUAUCAGGAUUUCCAAAUAACUCUAGCAGUUUGGUGUUAAAUAUUGAAAAUAAAACUAAUAGUUUGGUAUCAACGCUAGAGAAAAACACAAGCAGUUUAGUAUUGAAUGAUGAAAAUGAAACUAACAGUUUGCAGUUAGAGCUUGUAAAUAACACAAACCUGCGGCCGAAAUAUAGUUAUUAUGGAGUUAAACUUCAACAAGGUGCUUCCUUCUCAGCAUCUUUAACGGAUCCUUUGUUUGUAGAUAGCUAUGAAUUUGAUCACUUUCCUACUGUGACAAAACCUGAAACCAAGGGGAUGUUCACUAACCCCACAAAAGUACCUCUAUCUGACAUCGCAAUAACAGAAUCUUCCUUAUCGAUUAAUUUUGGAUUCGAAUGUCCAUACAAAGAAAUUGGCUUCUUUCCAGAUUACGAAAGUGGCUGUAAGCAAUUUCACAUUUGUUAUCGAAAUAUCAGGAAAACAUAUAGUUGCCCAAGUGUAUUACUCUUUAACCCCGAGUCCAAAAAUUGUGACCUUCCAGAAAAUGUUUUUUGUCAAACACCAGAAAUACUAAAGGAAGGAAAGCUUCAUUGUCAAGGGAAGAUCAAUGGAUAUUAUCCAGAUUAUAAAUCAGGUUGUCGGAAAUAUUAUGCAUGUUUGAAAGAUCAAGUACUUCUGUAUACUUGUCCUACAGGAAAACUGUUCGACCUAAGAACAAUGGCCUGUGAUUUGGCCGAAGCUGUGACUUGUACAGAUUCCGGUAAACAUACUGUCGAUAUUAAUGUACAUUCAACAGGCAACGAUGUUCCUGACAAAGUUUCUAAACCAGCUCAUGUUCAUGGUGUCCCUCACCGUUUUUUAUUUGAUUGUUCUGAAAAACCUGAUGGUUUUUACCCAGAUUAUGCCAGGUUUUGUCACGUGUUUUAUCGUUGUAAGGAUGGCAUAAAGAUCUCCCACUACUGUAAACAAGGGUUUUUAUUUAAUUCAGAACUAGGAAUGUGUGACUUUGAAGAAAAUGUUAAUUGUAACUCUACUAUAAGUGAUAGUUCAACAUAA